GGUAGAACCGCGAGUGAGGGUGAGUCAAUCAUGGAGUAAGCGGUGAACAGUCUGAGAAGCAGGCAAUAAAUCUUCCGAGUCUGGGAGACGAUCCAGUGCUUAGAUUCUGCAGAAAGGAGUGCCGACUGUUACAGAGCAGCUACUAUUCGUUGGAGAAUGGCGGAGGAAAUUAAUCAUCCCUCAAGGUAUGUGAAAUUGGGCAAGGAUCAAUCGCCGGUGGAGGAUAUUGAACCCGGCGAGCUUAACCAACCAAUUGAUGUUCCUCAGUUGCAUAUUCGCAAAUGUGGCGAAUGUAGACAGCCUUUACCGGACGGCUAUCAGGCCCCAGGAGACGAGCCUUGGUCCACCGGGAUUUUUCAAUGUGCAGAAGAUACAGAAAGUUGUAAGACCGGACUAUUUUGCCCGUGUGUUCUGUUCGGGCGCAAUGUAGAGCGAGUGAGAGAAGGUACAACAUGGGCUCGCCCAUGCAUUUGCCACGCCAUUUUCGUCGAGGGUGGCCUUGCUGUAGCUGCAGCAACCGCAGCCCUACACGGUUUUAUUGAGCCGAGGACAACUUUUCUCAUCUGCGAGGCGUUGGUUUACAGUUGGUGGAUAUGUGGAUUAUACUCCGGCAUUGUCCGGCAGUUGUUGCAGAGGAAGUAUCAUCUCAAGAACUCGCCGUGCAACCCCUGCCUAGUGCACUGCUGCUUCCACUGGUGUGCCCUGUGCCAAGAGCACCGGGAGAUGAAGAUUCGCCUACCUGAUGAUGCAGCCUUGACAACGACUACACUUAAUCCACCGCCAGUACAGGAGAUGACCGGAAAUUCGCCGAUGUCAACCUCGGAAAAUGGAAAAGCCCACAGCCAUGUUGAGAUGCAAGCCUUGUAAGAACAUGCCUAUAGCUCAAAGAAGACUCCUUUUUACCUCCCUUGUGUGUAUUAUAGAUUUCCCAUUA